AGCGGAACCUUUACAUCGGGGUUGUUCGUUCGCGGACGAGUAUCCGCUGGGGACAAACGUGAGAUUUGUUUACACGUGAGAUCCGAAGCCUGUGCUGGACUGCUGGUUCUUAUUUCGUAUACUAUAUAUACGCUGUUGAUGAAGUGUUCUGUGCUGCACUGAAUAAAAGAUGGGGCGACUGAGAAAGAAGUACAACUGGAAGGGAAGGCAACAAAAUGAAAGUCAAUCUCCAGGAGGCGAUGGGUCGACAGAUGUUGUAGUCGAACUAGGAGGUGGGGAGAAACUAAAGGGUGUGGAUACCUGCAAUGCUCUGGUCCUACCUUCCAACAAAGCUAAGAAGAAGACAGUUGCAGAGAAACCGAUUUCAAAGAAGAAGCCCCUAACCAAAAAGCAGAAGAAACAGCUUGAAAGGGUGCUUGUUGUUAAGGAAAAGAAAGUCCAGAGAGCAGGCAUAUUGGCCAAGUUGGCAGAGUUUCAACUUCCGGAGUCUGAGCUGAAGAUGCUGUACACCACCGCCAAACUGGGAACAGGAGACAAGCUUUACCAGAACAAAGGGAUGACUGAUGAGGUGGAAGAUGGAGGCACAGCGCCAAAGAUAAGCAGCCUCAGUGGAGUGAACAGGAAACGCAAAUGGAAAGAAGAAGUGGAAGAGGAGGCGGAGGAACAGCAGGGAGAGGAGAGCAGCGAUGCGGACACUUCCUCUGACGAUGACGAUGAUGAUGGAGAAGAAAAGGCGGCACAAUCUGAGCACCAGGCCUCCGCCGGCCAGGAGACAGACGUCAAGCAGGAGCCUAAAGGAGUAGAGGCAGUUGCACACAGCAGUGAGCCAAAGGAGGUGGAAAAGUCUGCUCAACAGCCAAAGGAUGGCCCUGUCAGAAAGCCAUCCCAGCCGGCUGUGUUUGUUCCGGUUGAUAGAAUGCCAGAAAUACAGGAAGCUCGACUAAGGCUUCCAGUGCUGGCAGAGGAGCAGGUAAUCAUGGAGGCUGUGAGAGAGAACCCUUGUAUUGUCCUCUGUGGAGAGACUGGAAGUGGAAAGACCACGCAAAUGCCUCAGUUCCUGUACGAGGCCGGUUAUGCCAGUGGAAAAGGGAUUAUCGGCAUCACAGAACCCAGGAGAGUGGCGGCUGUCAGCAUGUCCCAACGAGUGGCCAUGGAAAUGAACCUUCCCACACAAGUGGUAUCCUACCAGAUUCGUUAUGAAGGGAAUGUGACCACUGACACAAAGAUCAAGUUCAUGACUGAUGGUGUUUUGCUGAAGGAAAUUCAAAAGGAUUUCCUGCUCCAACACUACAGUGUGAUAAUCAUAGACGAAGCCCAUGAAAGGAGCGUAUACACAGAUAUCCUGAUCGGCUUGCUGUCUCGUAUCGUGCCCCUCCGAAACAAGAAAGGCCUGCCCAUGAAGCUGAUCAUCAUGUCGGCCACUCUGCGGGUGGAAGACUUCACGGACAACAAGAAGCUGUUCCCGUCCCCGCCGCCCGUCAUCAAGGUGGACGCCCGGCAGUUCCCCGUCAGCAUCCACUUCAACAAGCGCACGCCCAUGGAGGACUACGUCGGAGAGAUCUUCCACAAGACCUGCAAGAUCCACCGCAUGCUGCCGCCAGGUGGCAUUCUGGUGUUUCUGACUGGCCAGGCAGAGGUCCACGACGUGUGUAGGAGACUGAGGAAAGCGUUCCCUUUCAGGCGGUCUACCACAGACACGGGUGAGGAGGAGGAGACCUUCAAGGAUACUAGGAGGUUUAAGAAGGACAAGCAGAAGCAGGCUGUGGCCCUGCCGCGGAUCCACCUGGACAACUACUCUGCCUUGCCCGUGGACGAGGGCGACGAGGACCGGCUUGCCGGAGUCGAUGACGACGAGUGCGGCUACGAGGGCUGCGAGCUGGACCUAGGGGAGGACGAGGGAGACCCGGAUGAGAAGGCGGAUCCAUCCAUUCCCCUCUAUGUCCUGCCCCUCUACUCACUCCUAGCCCCCGAGCAGCAGGCAAAGGUGUUCCAGGCCUCCCCGGCUGGAACCCGCCUCUGUGUGGUGGCCACCAACGUGGCCGAGACUUCCCUCACCAUCCCCGGGAUCAAGUACGUGGUGGACUGCGGAAGGGUCAAGAAGCGCUACUACGACCGCGUCACCGGGGUCUCCUCCUUCAAGGUGUCAUGGACCUCCCAGGCCUCAGCCAAUCAGAGGGCCGGCCGAGCUGGCCGCACGGAGCCGGGCCACUGCUAUAGGCUGUUCUCAUCCGCAGUGUUUGGGGACUUCAGCGAGUUCUCUGAGGCGGAAAUCACCCGCAGGCCUGUAGAAGACCUGGUUCUGCAGAUGAAGGACCUCAACAUUGAUAAGGUGGUGAACUUCCCCUUCCCCACCGCUCCCUCUGGUGAAGCCCUUAUGGCAGCCGAGCAGCUGUUGGUCUCACUGGGAGCUCUGGAGGAACCGCCGCGCACUGGAAGGGUCAAAGACAUAGAGCGAGCCAAAUUGAGUUGCCCCGUCACGCCGCUGGGUAGGGCCAUGGCCUCGUUCCCUGUGGCUCCGCGCUUUGCCAAAAUGCUAGCCCUAGGGAGGCAGCAGGGCUGCCUGCCGUAUGUCAUCGCCGUGGUGGCGUCCAUGACGGUCCGGGAGAUAUUCGAAGACCUUGAAAGGCCUGCAGCGAGUGAGGACGAGAGCUCGAAGCUGGCCCAGAACAAAGCUCGCCUGAUGCAGAUGAGGAGGCUGUGGGCGGGCCAGGGCCCUUCACUGCUGCUUGGGGACCUCAUGGUCCUGUUGGGUGCCGUAGGGGCGUGUGAGUAUGCUGGCUGUACACCCCAGUUCUGUGAGACGAACGGCCUGAGGUAUAAAGCCAUGGUGGAGAUCCGGCGACUCAGAGGACAACUCACCAACGCAGUGAACGCAGUGUGUUCAGAAGGGGGCGUGUUUGUGGAUUCCAAGAUGGCUCCGCCAACAGAAAGCCAGGUGAUUUGUUUGCGUCAGAUAUUGCUGGCUGGGCUGGGGGACCAUCUCGCAAGACGCAUACGAGAAGAGGAAAUACUGGAUCCAAAAUGGAAGAAUGGCUACAAGACACCUCUUCUGGAUGACCCAGUGUUCAUCCACCCCAGCUCUGCCUUGUUCAAAAAACCACCUGAGUUCGUAGUCUACCAGGAGGUCAUGGAGACGACCAAAAUGUACAUGAGAGUCGUGUCGGCGGUUGAGCCGGAGUGGAUCCCCCAGCUGCUGCCCCAGUACUGCCAUUACGGACCUCCCCUGGAGACCCCGGCCCCAUGGCUCUGUCCCUCCACAGGCACCAUCAGAAGCCACUGCACCAGCACGUUCUACCGUGUGGCGUGGCCGCUGCCUGCCGUGGAGAAAGCCUACCCAGAAGGCCUCGACCGAUUCAAGCUUUUUGCCAAGUUCCUCCUCGAGGGAGAGGUGUGUCUCAAGCUGAAGAAAAACUGCAGCGUACUUCUCUCAAACCCUUCAAUCAUGAUGAAGACGUGGGCGAAACUGCAGCCAAGGACUGAAGCUUUGCUGGUAGAGCUGGCGUCCGAGAAAGUUGACUGCCGAGAUGCCCUUUUGGCAGUUUGGAAGGAGAAAGAAAAAUUCCUCCUGUCUGCGUACUGCCAGUGGCUACCUGAAUCCGUACAUCAGGAAGUGGCUAAGAGUUGGCCACCUGUAUAAAGGAAUAGAUCAACCUAUUCAGGAAUACAGCUGAGGAUGAUUCAUUUCAGAGACUUCUGACCAGUCACCAAGAGACAUGACACCCCCAAGUCAUAAUGAAUUCCAGAUCCUGUUGCCAUUCAUCAAGUGUUUCUCCUACUCCUUUUACAACUUCCUCUUAAAGUUUCACCUUUUAUAUAUCUGAAUUGUACAAACAAAAUGUUUUAUCCCUGUUAUGACUUCUAACUGUGUGUAACAGUAGACUGUUUUCAAGCCUAUCAGAUUCGGUCUUUGUAAGACCCAAUAAAAAUGUGGCUUUGAGUAAGAUUGGGAUGGAUUUUUGUGUGUCAAGCAUUUGCAUUAUACAACAAUUGUUAAAGAAGAGCUCUCUAAAUAUACC